AUGUCCUCAGAUAAGAAGCGCGCCGCUGACCUCCCAACAACUGAACCUGAGUCGAAGAAGAAGAAGGUGACUCCCGACCCUCAAUAUCACCCUCACACUAUCCUGGAGCACGUUAUUCGCGAGAUCAUCCCGACGAGGUGGAUGGACAGCAGUAGCAAGCGUGGGCUGUACCAGACGGUUACUACUGAUCCUCAGGACGCCAUCACGAAAUGCAAAGAUAUGAUCGCGCCGUGGGUUGUCCAGUACUACGAGGACGGAUUGUUGUACGACCAUGAGCAUCUGCGAGAGAAAGCCGUCUCGCAUCUGCAGUUCGGCCCAGGUCUGUACAUCGGAAUAAUGCGGAUCCCUUCUUCUUCGUGGCGUCGUUAUGUUGGUCAAUCGAUAAAUUGCAACCAUCGCGUACACCACAACCACGAAUCUGCGACAUACCGAAAAUCCCAUCCCUCGCUUCACUACGAGUACCACGAGAUAGCAGAGGAGAUCUUCUGGCUGGACCCUGCUUUCGUGCCUCAUUUCCUCCCAGCAGGACUUUUGAACAUCAUGGAGCUUUGGCAAGCACUAGUCUUCCGGUCACUCCAGGAAUCAGACCUGAAGGACAUGCUUCCUGAAGGAGGUAGGGGCAUAGCAGACUCCGAAUUGGGGCUUGGAGCCAAUGUUCGAAACCCUCUGGCACAAGGUCUUACAUUCCGAGAAUCUCCCGACAUGGGGUACUACCGCUUCAAGAAUUCCCCCGAUCCCAUCAAGCAAGCAUACUUUGAAAAGAUGAGGAGCCGUAGCACAGACAUCCGCUGGUGGUCCGACAGAGAUGCUAAACGCCAAAGCUUGCUCCGUGGGGACAUCUACCAAGGAACGUUUGGUCCCAGCUUUGGCACUCUGAAGGGAGCAGGAGAAGAUCGCAUGUUCACUAUUCAAUAUGCAUACAUUCUCUUCGGAACAACUUUCUGGCGACGAUGGGACGAGUCGACCAUUCGUGUGAAGUGUGAACUCGCACCAGAAGGAGAGAUGCAUCCCCAUUGUGUCGUUCGGGGCUGCUAUUUCCUCGUCAACGACCCUGCGCGGCGACUGGGAAUUCGGAUAUCGGGCAUCAUGAAGUGCAAUGGUGAGGAAUCCUUCUGCUGGGUCAACAUGUGGGGCGAUCAGACGACUAUGCGUAUUAACAGUCUGGUCGAUUUCCUUCUCGAUCGGCCAACCGAUAUUGAUGAGCCCCGCCGUUUUCUACCUCGCAACAUCUGGGUUGGUCGUCCUAAGGGAAUCUACACCAGCAAGGACUUGCGCGAUGGCUACGACUACGUUAGUGUGCUGAGAAAGUAUGACGAAUCAUUCGAGGAGUGA